AUGUCUGGUGAAAAGCGCCCUGCUCCAGAGGGCUUUGGAACCUCGCACCAGCUCGUGGUCAAGCGGAAUAAAGCUGCCGAAAACGCAGGGACCGAGCUUGUGAAGGGCUCGUCCCAAAAUGGAGCUCUCAUUCAAUCUGUUCCUCGCACGAGUGGUUUGAAUGCUCCUAUCAUGGAGCUCACAGGUGAGAAACUAUCGUCGGUCUAUUACUAUACACGCACUAAUAGAAGGAACCUACUAGGCCAUUCUGGUGAAGUCUUUGCAGUUCGAUUCGACCCUACCGCGCAACAUAUCGCAUCUGGAUCCAUGGAUCGUUCCAUCUCACUGUGGAAUACAUACGGGCAAUGCGAAAACUACGGCCAAUUGACAGGUCACCGAGGAGCUGUGUUGGACCUUCAAUGGUCACGCGAUUCACGGGCACUGUUCUCAGCAUCCGCGGAUAUGACCCUCGGUAGCUGGGAUGUCGAGACUGGAGAACGAGUACGCCGUCAUGUGGGCCAUGAGGAGGUUAUCAACUGUCUUGAUAUUAGCAAAAGAGGACAAGAACUUCUGGUCAGUGGUAGCGACGAUGGCUGUAUUGGCAUCUGGGAUCCUCGGCAAAAGGAUGCUCUGGACUACCUCCAGACUGAGCUCCCCAUCACUGCAGUGGCAUUGUCUGAAGCGGGCAACGAAAUCUACAGUGGGGGUAUUGACAACACAAUCCACGUCUGGGAUCUUCGGAAGAAGGCCAUAGUCUACUCCAUGGCCGGACACACAGAUACCAUCACAUCGCUACAAAUCUCGCCAGACUCACAGACCUUGCUGUCAAACUCCCAUGACUCUACUGUUCGCACAUGGGACAUUCGUCCCUUCGCCCCUACCAAUCGGCAAGUAAAGACCUACGAUGGCGCUCCUGUCGGACUGGAGAAGAAUCUCAUCCGUGCCAGCUGGGAUCCCAAGGGUGAGAAGAUCGCUGCAGGCAGUGGUGAUCGAAGUGUGGUUGUUUGGGAUACCAAGACUGGUAAACUGUUGUACAAACUUCCUGGCCACAAGGGCACUGUCAAUGACGUGCGCUUCUCUCCCAAUGAUGAGCCAAUCAUCGUUUCUUGCUCCUCCGAUCGCAAUCUGAUGCUUGGAGAGUUGGGCAAAUAA